CUUCGUUCUCCGUUUUGUGGGAAGUCCAGCAAGAAUGAAGUGAUCUCCGUUUAACUUCGCCUUUAAUCCAGUGACAGAUGGCGGAAAAAUCGCAUCCAAUAGCGAUUGGCUUCUGCUGUCUGCUUAUCUGAGGGUCACAUGAUGAGAAGUGAAGCACUUCAGGAUGGCAGAUGAAGCACCGCUGAAGUGGACUGUUAUUGUCCUCACAUGUCAGCAUAAAGACAGUGUUUAUGCUUUCCAAAGAGAGCUGGAGGUGCGUCAGAAGCGUGGUGUUCUUCCAGAUGAUGCUCUGCUGCUGACGGUUCCUGACCCUCACGCUCGGCUGGGCAGCGGCGGAGCCACACUGAACGCCCUGCUGGUGGCUGCAGAACACCUGAGCGCCAGAGCUGGAUACAGCGUGGUGAACGCUGAUGUUCUGGAUGAAGCUCAUAUCCUCAUCCUUCACACGGGUCGAGAUUUCCCAUGGGACGGCUGCAGCAGGGCUUUCUGCUGGAUGCCUGUGCAGAGAUCAGAUGCUGUGGAAGGAGCCGUUUGUUGCUUGGAUCUGCUGUUAGACUGUCUGUCCACAAAGAUCUGCGCUGGCUCUCCGCCAGGCGUUUGGGUGUGCAGCACCGAUAUGAUGCUGAAUAUUCCAACACGACAGGUGAUUCCAUGGGACGGGUUUUCUGGGGUUCGGGUUGUGGCUCUACCAGGUGACAUUGAUUUUGCAGUGCAUCAUGGCGUCUAUAUCACCGAUGCAGAGACCAGAGUGCGCAACAUUAUCUAUAAGGGCUCAAAGGAGGAGAUCAGCUCUGCCACAGUUUCUGAUGGGAAAGUUCCUCUGGUGUCCGGGCCAGUGUUUUUCUCCAGGACUGUAGCAGAGAAACUCUUACAGACCCAUGUUACUCCACCUCUGGAGGGCUGUACGUAUCUUGGCAUGGAUUCAGGAGCGCCACCACUUGAGAUAUCUCUGUUUCUUGAUGUUCUAGUGUGUCUUUGCACUGAUGUGACCGAGCAUGAAUUCAUUAAUGGAGAGAGAACUGGCUGCAGUUCUCCCUUCUCACCUCAGGGGGCAGCAGUGAGGAGCGGGCGUGCAGUGCUGUGGAGGAGCCUCAGAGGAUCCUCUAUCUCUAUGUUUUACAUUCCAGAUGGUCGCUAUGAUUAUUUGACUCAGUCGGGUCGGGAACAUGUCGACCGUCUGACAAAAUCUGGAUCUGAGACGACGAUUCUCUCUCAUAUUCAGGAUGCGAAGAGUGUGGCUGAAGGCUGCAGGGUGAUAAAUAGCAUCCUGGAAGGAGACAUUCGUGUAUCUGCAGGAGCUGUUGUGCAGCACUGCCACUUAAAGGGUCCAAUCCAGGUGCAUUCUGGGUGUCUGCUGUCUGGGCUUGAACUCACAUCAUCAUCCUACAUCCAGCAUCUGCCUCUUUCCAGUGACAUCAUCAUUCAGGCUCAUCGAGUGAUGCUGGGAGAGAUGAAGUUAACCGUAUACACGGCAUUUGGAGCUCAUGACAGUUUAGAGGCCUCCGCUGAUGAUGUCACUGCAUCAUUCCUGAAUCAGAAAUGGAGGGAUUUUUAUUCUCGGACUGGAAUACAGCCUCUGUACCUCUGGGGUCCUGAAAGGAAGGAGUCGGGCUGUCUGCUGGACGCCCGUUUGUUCCCCGUGUUCAUGCCACACUCCGGACCUGUGGGACUGGAGGGAGUUUGUUGGCUUCUGGGUGGUUCUGGGACGCUGGAGAAGUGGAAGGAAGCCUGGAGACUCUCGCUCAGGGAUAUCCUCAUCCUGACGGACCAGCAGACAGAGUUAAACUGGAGACAGCAGCUGUUCUUUAGUGUAGGCCGAAGAAGAGCCGUGGACACUCUAAAGGACCACAGAGGACUCAAUUUACUCCCGUUUUUCAGAGCAGCAGCGCUGGCCGGCCAGCAGGAGGCGCUAUUGCAGGCACUGGAUUCAGUUGCUGCAAACAGCAGUGGUGAUCUUGGAGUAGCGGCCCGCUGUCUGGCCUGUAUCGCGGAUGUUCUUGGCUGUCUGGCUGGCGAAGGGAAAGGCGGUUUGAGAAGCGGACCAGCAGCGAAUCCAUCAUGGGCUCCUGCUUUUAAACACCUCGAGGAUGAAAACUUACCUGCAGGAGUCCAGGAACUAGCCAAUCAAAGAGAGCGCUGGCUGAGCAGAGCUGAUUUGUUGGUGAGAGCUGCCAGGCAUUAUGAGGGGGCGGGGCAGAUCCUGCUGAGGAAGGCAGUGAUGUCAGCGCGCCAGUUUGUUGUCAUUGGCCAAGCAGAGAUGCCACCCUUGGGAGAAUGGCAGGAAGUGGAGUGUCCUGCUCGACUGGAUCUGUCAGGUGGCUGGAGUGACACUCCUCCUAUAGCGUUUGAACACGGUGGACUGGUGGUCAAUGUGGCCAUCAGGGUGGAUGGAAAGCGUCCCAUUGGAGCUCGAGUUCGGCGUGUUUCAGAGCCUCAUCUGCUAUUGGUCAGUACCAGCGGUGAACCGGCCUGCAGCAUCCGCACUGAAACACUCUGUGAGGAGCUGACUGACCUGGAGGACUAUUGUCAGCCUCACGCUCCAGGUGCCCUGUUAAAGGCUGUGUGUGUGUGCAGUGAGUUGGUGUGUGUGUCGUCUUCUGUCUCUCUGAAAGAGCAGUUGCUGCAGCGCUGGGGAGGCGGACUGGAGAUCCACAGCUGGUCCACAUUACCGCACGGCUCUGGACUCGGCACCAGCAGUAUUCUGGCAGGAGCAGCUCUUUCUGCAGUGUACAGAUGCACAGGACGGAGCUGCGACACAAACUCUCUCAUUCAUGAUGUGCUUUACCUGGAGCAGAUCCUCACCACCGGUGGAGGAUGGCAGGAUCAGGUCGGCGGGUUGUUUGGGGGAGUGAAAGUGGCCCGAUCUGCAGCUCAGCUGCCGCUGCGAGUGGAAGUAGAGCCGCUUUCUCUGACUCCACACUUCCUGUCUGUCCUGCAGCAGCAUCUUCUACUGGUUUACACUGGAAAGACACGAUUAGCACGAAACCUGCUGCAGGAUGUGGUGCGCAGUUGGUAUGCUCGUUUACCCUCCAUCGUACAGAACGCAGAGCAGCUGGUGAGCAAUGCAGAGAAGUGUGCUGAAGCCUGCAGAGACGGAUCUCUGUUCAGACUGGGCGAGUGUAUGAACACAUACUGGCAGCAGAAGAAGCUGAUGGCACCAGGCUGUGAACCACUGGCUGUGAGAUCCAUGAUGAACGCUCUUCAGUCGCUCAGUUUAGGACAGAGUCUGGCAGGAGCCGGAGGAGGAGGAUUCCUGUUCUUACUCACCCGCGAGCCUCAACAAAAGGAGACCGUGAAGGAGAUUCUCACUAACAUAGAGGGCAUUGGCUGCUUCAGUGUUCAUUCGGUGGAUCUGGAUAUGGAGGGGAUCUCAAUUAUUCAGAAGAGCUCUGAAGAACAGCAGACAUCUUAAAUUGGAGGGCCUUAUAAAUAUUCUUAGAAUAUAUUUAUGUAAUUAUAAGAUUAAUGAACAUUUGCUUCUUAUCAAAUCUUUCAUGUGUUUUGAGGUUUGGAAGUCCAGAAGAACAAUUCAUUGUUUUGUUUUAUAUGAUAUGAAAUGCAUCAAAAUA